AUGUUACCAUGUGUUUGCUCCCUAAUUCCAUCAUCACCUUCCAUAUCCAAGUUCAUCUCAGACCAACCUUACCUCUCCAUGCUGGACAAAAAUUGCACUUCCAUGAAAGACCUUCAAAAAAUCCAUGCGCAACUCAUAAAAACUGGCCUAGCAAAAGACCCUAUUGCUGCUAGCCGUCUUUUGGCCUUUUGUGCCUCUCCUGCAGGUGACAUCAACUAUGCUUGCUUAGUCUUUAACCAAAUACAAAAUCCAAACCUUUUUGUAUGGAACACUAUUAUCAGAGGCUUUUCUCAAAGCUCAACUCCACAAAAUGCAAUCUCCUUAUUCAUUGAAAUGCUGUUCACUUCACCAAGUACUCAACCUCAAAGGCUGACUUAUCCUUCAGUAUUUAAGGCUUAUGCUCAACUUGGUCUGGCCCAUGAUGGAGCUCAGCUUCAUGGCAGAGUGAUAAAAUUGGGACUUGAGAAUGAUCAGUUUAUACAAAACACAAUCUUGAAUAUGUAUGUAAAUUGUGGGUUUUUGAGUGAAGCACAGAGAAUAUUUGAUGGAGCUAUGGGAUUUGAUGUUGUGACGUGGAAUACUAUGAUUAUAGGACUUGCUAAAUGCGGAGAGAUUGAUAAGUCUAGGAGGUUGUUUGAUAAGAUGUUGUUGAGGAAUACAGUGUCAUGGAAUUCUAUGAUUAGUGGAUAUGUGAGGAAAGGUAGGUUCUUUGAGGCAAUGGAGCUUUUUAGCAGAAUGCAAGAGGAGAGGAUUAAGCCUAGUGAGUUUACAAUGGUGAGUUUGUUAAAUACCUGUGCUUGCUUAGGAGCACUUAGACAGGGAGAAUGGAUUCAUGACUAUAUUGUACAGAACAAUUUCGAAUUAAACGUUAUUGUUGUUACAGCGAUUAUAGACAUGUACUCCAAGUGUGGAAGCAUUGAUAAGGCUCUUCAAGUGUUCAAGAGUGCCCCGAAGAAAGGAUUGUCAUGUUGGAACUCCCUAAUUUUAGGCCUAGCUAUGAAUGGCCGUGAGAAUGAAGCAGUCCGAUUAUUUUCAAUGCUCGAAUCUUCAAAUUUCAGACCAGAUUAUGUUAGUUUUUUAGGUGUCUUGACGUCUUGUAAUCACGGUGGUAUGGUGGACAGAGCAAAGGACUAUUUCUUGUUAAUGACAGAAACAUACAAAAUCGAACCAUCGAUAAAGCAUUAUAGCUGUAUGGUUGAUGUUCUAGGCCGAGCAGGACUCCUAGAAGAGGCAGAAGGGCUAAUAAGAAGCAUGCCUGUAAAUCCAGAUGCCGUCAUAUGGGGGUCUUUACUCUCUUCUUGCAUGAAGUAUGGAAACAUUGAGAUGGCAAAACGAGCAGCGAAGCACGCGAAUGAGUUGGAUCCCAAUGACAGCUCAAGUUUUGUACUUCUGUCAAACGUUUAUGCUGGCUAUAGUCAUUUUGAAGAAGCAAUGGAGCAAAGGCUUUCUUUGAAAGAAAAGCAGAUAUACAAAGAACCUGGAUGUAGUUUGAUUGAAGUGAAUGGCGAAGUUCACGAAUUUGUUGCUGGGGGAAGGCUGCACCCAAGAUACAAAGAAAUCUACCAUGCAUUGGAUGAUUUGGGAUUGGUAUUGAAGGAGAUGGGAUAG